CCCAACAGAUGGUGACCCCGAGCUGCUGCGCGGCCUGCAGGGGGCGCUGCCCAAGAAGAAGCGGGGACCCCGAAAACAGAAGGAAAAUAAACCCGGAAAACCCCGGAAACGGAAAAAACUGGUGUCUGAGGAUGAGCUGGAGUCGGAGCGGGACGAGUUUCCCGAGAGCGGGGGCAGCGAUUCGGGGGGGCCCCGGAAACGGCGCCGGAAACACCGCGACCGCAAGGAGAAAAAGACCAAGAGGCGGAAAAAGUCCGACGAGGACGGGGGGCAGAAAGUGAAGGCCGUAGAGCAGAAGUCCUCGGCUCAGCUGCUGGGCGCCUGGGGCCUGGAGGACGUGGAUCACGUUUUCACCGAGGAGGAUUAUCACACGCUCACCAACUACAAGGCGUUCAGCCAGUUCAUGAGGCCUCUGAUCGCCAAGAAGAACCCCAAGAUCCCCAUGUCCAAGAUGAUGACCAUCCUGGGCGCCAAGUGGCGCGAGUUCAGCGCCAACAACCCCUUCAAGGGCUCGGCCGCCGCCGUGGCCGCCGCUGCCGCCGCCGCUGCCGCCGCCGUGGCCGAGCAGGUGUCGGCCGCCGUGGCCAACGUGGCCCCCGAGGCGCCGCCCCCACCCCUGCGCAAGGCCAAGACCAAGGAGGGCAAAGGCCCCGGCCACAAGAAGCGCAGCAAGAGCCCGCGGGUGCCGGAGCUGAAGAGGAGGAUGAAGGGGAGGAAGAUGGCGCCGCUCAAGAUCAAACUGGGUGUACUGGGCGGGAAGCGCAAGAAGAGCAGCUCGCAGAGCGAGGACGCGGGGGAGGCCGAGGAGGAUUCGGACGCCGAGAGCCCGGGGGUGCUGGGUGCCCCCCCCCGCCCCGACCCCCCAAACCGCAUCAAGAAGCUCAAACGGGGACGGCCUGGCCGCAAGAAGAAGAAGGCCCCCUGCACCAAUCAGGAGCGCGGCCCCGCGGCCCCCGCGCAUGGCCCCGAUGACGAAGGGGACGGCUACGAGACGGACCACCAGGACUACUGUGAGGUUUGCCAGCAGGGCGGGGAGAUCAUCCUGUGCGACACGUGUCCCCGCGCCUACCACCUCGUGUGCCUGGACCCCGAGCUGGACCGCGCGCCCGAGGGGCGCUGGAGCUGUCCCCACUGCGAGAAGGAGGGAGUGCAGUGGGAGGCAAAGGAUGAAGAGGAGGAGGAGGAGGAAGAGGAGGAGGAAGGCGAGAAGGAGGAGGAGGACGACCACAUGGAGUAUUGCCGCGUGUGCAAGGACGGCGGGGAGCUGCUGUGCUGCGACGCCUGCGUGUCCUCCUACCACAUCCACUGCCUCAACCCCCCCCUGCCCGAGGUCCCCAACGGGGAGUGGCUGUGUCCCCGCUGCACGUGCCCGGUGCUGAAGGGGCGGGUGCAGAAGAUCCUGUACUGGCGGUGGGGGGAGCCGCCCCCCCCAGUGGGGGCCCCCCCCGGGGCCGCACCCCCCCAGGAGGGGCCCCCCCAGGCACUGCAGGGCCGCUCGGAGCGCGAGUUCUUCGUCAAGUGGGUGGGACUGUCCUACUGGCACUGCUCCUGGGUCAAGGAGCUGCAGCUGGAGAUCUUCCACCUGGUCAUGUACCGCAACUACCAGCGCAAGAACGACAUGGACGAGCCGCCCCCCCUCGACUACGGCUCCGGCGACGACGACCCCAAGAGUGAGAAACGGGGGGGGGCGGGAGGGGACCCCCUUUUUGGGGGGAUGGAGGAGCGAUUCUACCGCUACGGCAUCAAACCCGAGUGGAUGACGGUGCAUCGCAUCAUCAACCACAGCGUGGACCGCAAGGGCCAGUACCACUACCUGGUGAAGUGGCGCGACCUGCCCUACGACCAGGCCACCUGGGAGGACGACGAGAUGCCCAUCCCGGACUACGACCUGCACAAGAUGGCCUACUGGAGACACCGGGAGGUUUUCAUGGGGGAGGACCCGGCCCAGCCCCGACGCUACAAGAAGAAGAAGAAGGAGACACCUGGGGAGGGGCCACCCGACUCCCCCACCAACGACCCCACGGUGAAGUACGAGACGCAGCCGCGGUUCAUCACGGCCACGGGGGGGACGCUGCACCUGUACCAGCUGGAGGGGCUGAACUGGCUGCGCUUCUCCUGGGCCCAGAGCACCGACACCAUCCUGGCCGACGAGAUGGGGCUGGGCAAGACCAUCCAGACCAUCGUCUUCCUCUACUCGCUCUACAAGGAGGGCCACACCAAGGGCCCGUUCCUCGUCAGCGCCCCCCUCUCCACCAUCAUCAACUGGGAGCGCGAGUUCCAGAUGUGGGCGCCCGCCUUCUACGUCGUCACCUACACGGGUGACAAGGACAGCAGGGCCAUCAUCCGCGAGAACGAGUUCUCCUUCGACGACAACGCCAUGAAGGGCGGCAAGAAAGCCUUCAAGAUGAAGCGGGAGGCGCAGGUGAAGUUCCACGUGCUGCUCACGUCCUACGAGCUGGUGACCAUCGACCAGGCGGCGCUGGGCUCCAUCCGCUGGGCCUGUCUGGUGGUGGACGAGGCGCAUCGGCUCAAGAACAACCAGAGCAAGUUUUUCCGGGUGCUGAACGGGUACAAGAUCGAGCACAAGCUGCUGCUGACGGGGACGCCGCUGCAGAACAACCUGGAGGAGCUUUUCCACCUGCUCAACUUCCUCACGCCAGAGCGCUUCAACAAUCUGGAGGGGUUCCUGGAGGAGUUUGCCGACAUCUCCAAGGAGGAUCAGAUCAAGAAGCUCCACGACCUGCUGGGUCCCCACAUGCUGCGGCGCCUCAAGGCCGACGUGUUCAAGAACAUGCCGGCCAAGACCGAGCUCAUCGUGCGCGUGGAGCUCAGCCCCAUGCAGAAGAAAUACUACAAGUACAUCCUGACGCGCAACUUCGAGGCGCUGAACUCGCGGGGUGGUGGGAACCAGGUGUCGCUGCUCAACAUCAUGAUGGACCUGAAGAAAUGCUGCAACCACCCCUACCUGUUCCCAGUGGCCGCCAUGGAGUCCCCGAAGCUGCCGAGCGGGGCGUACGAGGGGGGGGCGCUGAUCAAGGCCUCGGGGAAACUGCUGCUGCUGCAGAAGAUGCUGCGGAAGCUCAAGGAGCAAAAUCACCGGGUGCUCAUCUUCUCACAGAUGACGAAGAUGCUGGACCUGCUGGAGGAUUUCCUGGACUACGAGGGUUACAAGUACGAGCGGAUCGACGGCGGCAUCACGGGCGCCCUGCGCCAGGAGGCCAUCGACCGCUUCAACGCGCCGGGGGCGCAGCAGUUCUGUUUCCUGCUGUCCACGCGGGCCGGGGGCCUUGGGAUCAACCUGGCAACGGCCGACACCGUCGUCAUCUUCGACUCGGACUGGAACCCGCACAACGACAUCCAGGCCUUCAGCCGGGCGCACCGCAUCGGCCAGGCCAACAAGGUGAUGAUCUACCGGUUCGUGACGCGCGCCUCGGUGGAGGAGCGGAUCACGCAGGUGGCCAAGCGCAAGAUGAUGCUCACGCACCUGGUGGUGCGCCCGGGGCUGGGCUCCAAGGCCGGCUCCAUGUCCAAGCAGGAGCUGGACGACAUCCUCAAGUUCGGCACCGAGGAGCUUUUCAAGGACGAGAACGAGGGGGACAACAAGGAGGAGGACAGCAGCGUGAUCCACUACGACAACGAGGCCAUCGCGCGCCUGCUGGACCGCAACCAGGACGCCACCGACGACGCCGACGUGCAGAACAUGAACGAGUAUCUCAGCUCCUUCAAGGUGGCCCAGUACGUCGUGCGGGAGGAGGACAAGAUCGAGGAGAUCGAGCGCGAGAUCAUCAAGCAGGAGGAGAACGUGGACCCCGACUACUGGGAGAAGCUGCUGCGGCACCACUACGAGCAGCAGCAGGAGGACCUGGCCCGCAACCUGGGCAAGGGCAAGAGGGUCCGCAAGCAGGUCAACUACAACGACGCCGCCCAGGAGGACCAAGACAACCAGUCCGAGUACUCGGUGGGAUCCGAGGAGGAGGACGAGGAUUUUGACGAGCGGCCCGAGGGCCGCCGUCAGUCCAAGCGGCAGCUGCGCAACGAGAAGGACAAACCCCUCCCCCCACUGCUGGCCCGCGUGGGGGGCAACAUUGAGGUGUUGGGGUUCAACACCCGGCAGCGCAAGGCGUUCCUCAACGCCGUGAUGCGCUGGGGGAUGCCGCCCCAAGACGCCUUCACGUCCCAGUGGUUGGUGCGGGAUCUGCGGGGGAAGAGCGAGAAGGAGUUCAAGGCCUACGUGUCCCUGUUCAUGCGUCACCUGUGUGAACCGGGGGCUGAUGGCUCCGAGACCUUCGCAGACGGGGUCCCACGCGAGGGGCUGUCGCGCCAGCAGGUCCUGACCCGCAUCGGGGUCAUGUCCCUCGUCAAGAAAAAGGUGCAGGAGUUCGAGCACAUCAACGGGCGCUGGAGCCUCCCGGAGCUGCCGCCCGAGUCGCGCCCGGAGUCCAAACGCUCGUCCCGCGCGUCGUCCCCGGCACGAACCGGCCCCCCCAGCCCCGAACACAGCGGCCCCCCCAGCCCACGGCCCCCCACACCCGCCACUCCAGCCCCCAGCGACCGGGGGGACCCUCCGGGGCCGCCCCCCGACAGGGACGACGGUGACAGCAGGGACGACAAGGAGCCCAAAGGGACCGAGAAGAUGGAGACUGAGGCUCCUGUCCCCGAGGCGCCGCCGUCCCCAAGCGCCACCAGCGAGGCCGAGGGGCCGCACAAGGGGGACGACGAGGGACCCGCGAACCCCGAGGCCGAAGGGGACCCGCCAGAUCCUGACAAGGGACCCGACAAAGGUGACGAGAAACCCCCUGAGGACGAACCCAGAGAGCGACCAGGGGGGGACACGGACCCAAAACGAGAGGACCCCAAAGCCGAGAAGGAGCCCAAAGCGGAGCCGCGCGCCAACGGCCGGCGGGACGAGCGGCCCGAGAAGCCGCGGUUCAUGUUCAACAUCGCGGACGGCGGCUUCACGGAGCUGCACACGCUGUGGCAGAACGAGGAACGAGCCGCCAUCUCCUCGGGGAAGCUCAACGAGAUCUGGCACCGGCGCCACGACUAUUGGCUGCUGGCCGGGAUCGUCCUUCACGGGUACGCGCGCUGGACGGACGUGCAGAACGACGGCGCCUUCGCGCUGCUCAACGAGCCGUUCAAGGGCGAGGCCGCCAAGGGGAACUUCCUGGAGAUGAAGAACAAGUUCCUGGCGCGGAGGUUCAAGCUCCUGGAGCAGGCGCUGGUGAUCGAGGAGCAGCUCCGCCGCGCCGCCUACCUGAACAUGACGCAGGACCCCGGCCACCCCGCCAUGGCGCUCAACUCGCGCUUCGCCGAGGUCGAGUGCCUGGCCGAGAGCCACCAGCACUUGUCCAAGGAGUCGCUGGCGGGCAACAAACCCGCGAACGCCGUCCUACACAAGGUGCUGAACCAGCUGGAGGAGCUGCUGAGCGACAUGAAGGCGGACGUGACGCGCCUGCCGGCCACGCUGUCGCGCAUCCCGCCCAUCGCCGCCCGCCUGCAGAUGUCCGAGCGCAGCAUCCUCAGCCGCCUGGCCAGCAAGGGCACCGAGAGCCACCCCCCGCCCACGUUCCCGCCGGGUCCUUACGCCACCCCCCAAAGUUACGGGGGCACCUUUGGGACCCCCCCGGCCGGACCCCUCCCCCCCGGGGGCGCCAACUACAGCCAAAUGCCACCAGGGUCCUUCAUCACCGCCGCCGCCAACGGGCCCCCCCCGGUGCUGGUGAAACGGGAGCGCGAGGCCGAAGGCCCCGAGAAGAAAGAACCGCGGGGGGGGGAGGUGAUUUGUAUCGACGACUAAAACGGGGGGGGGGGGGGGGUCCCCAAAACCCCCCCAUCCCCCCCCCCACCCCCCCUCCCUUUUUGGGGGGGGGUGGUGGGGCCCCCACUGCCAGAAAUGCCUCGUUUCACCCCAAAAAUGGGUGCUGAGGG